AUGCUGUCUGCCGCAAACUUGACCAACCGCCAGACCCAAGUCCAACAGUCUCCCAGCAAGCCUCGUACGAAAGAGCAGCAAGACUCAACACUCCGGACUGCCUGUGAUUGUUGUCAUGCUGCUAAGAUUCGCUGUAGUGGUGGCGCGCCGUGUACGCGCUGCGCAAGAGACCAAAAGGCAAAGAUUGGAAAGCCAAGAGGCAGCUUGAACAAGAAGACAAUUGAGCGAUUACGCAUGAAGGAGAAGCAGAGGCAGGCGCCGCAAACACCCCCAUCGACAGCAGGUUCUGUGGAUGUCGCUGAGCCUAUCCCUCCUCUUCCCAGCUGUGACAGCCCUGCUGGUGUGAACCUGGACUUGGGUCCUGUUUCGCCCGAUCAGCCCAUGCCUACUCCUCCGGACUUUGGGUUAGGCAUGACGUUUGACGACCUGAUAUUCCCAGAGUCACAACUGGAGAGCUGGCUCCCAGAAACAACAGAGGGCUUUCAGACUUAUAACAGGGAUGCUCUGUGGCUACGCGGAAUGUAUGCUGACUCGACCAAGGGUCACCAGUUCAGCAAGCCGAUUCACAUCCUACACCUCGGCCAUCGUUCUCUACGGGCGCGGCGAGCGACGAUCCCCAUCCCGCAAGCUCCACGUUAUACAGGCCGCUUUCCUUCGACUCAUCAGCUUGCCGAUCACCCCAGCUCGCCGAGUCCUCCUCCUUCGGCUUCAACUUACCAUUAUUCACCCAACAAUCAGUCCGACCUGAAUCCCGACCGUGCCAAUCCCCUUGCACCUGUUUCCCGACGCUCAGCCACCAUCUUUGCACCUUACAAGCGACAUCCUCAACAACCGAACACUCCCAAGCCCUCGACACCCUCCUCAUCCAAUCCCAACGCAUCCUCCCCUCCAUCUGCUCCCUCGCCACCUGCCAACGCUGCCGUCGCGACACUCAGACCCUAUUCCUCGUGA